GAGUAGUAGUACUAUUUGUCCAAACUCGUGGAGAAGGACCCCUAUCAAAUUCCCCUAUCAAAUUUAUUAAAAAUACAUGUCAUGUACUCUCUCCAUCUUAUUUUAUCCACCAUUUUGACUUUUAUUCCCAAUUAUGAGCCUUUGUACUAAUUGUUAUUAUUAAUAUUAUAAAUUCAAAAGCCAUAGCUUUAUAAAAGCAUAGUUAAAGAUGAAUCAAAUACCCAAACAGUACUGAUUUUACUUUUUAAUAUCUUUAUAUUUGAUAAAUAUAUUUGCUGUAAAUAAAGUGUCAAUUUAAAUGAUAUACCAAUAUUGACCGGGUCCUCCAAGUUUUUUGUACACAAGCCUGGAAGGGUCUAUUUUGCAGAAUAUAUCUGUCAAAAAAAAGAGGAGGGACCAAGGGCUGCAAUUAAUUCAACUGAUUAAUACUCCGUAAUUAAUAGUAAUUAUAACUGUACAAAAAAGCAUGUGAUUUGCUAUCCUUUUCUUAAUAUUUGGUGAUGGAGUAGUUUGAUUACGCUAGCGCCUGGACUAUCAUCUAAGUAUAAGAAUUCUAUUUUGUUUUAUUUUGUUUUUUGAGAUGCUUUUAAAAUUUUCAUUCCCAAAUCCCAACCCACCAUGACUUAUUCAAUCAUGUCUUAUUCCUGAGUUUCACACUGAAAAUUCCAAAAAUAAAAUAAAAUAAAAAUGGGUAGUAUUUAUUGGAAAAGGCGUAUUGCCGUAUUCUAAUGCAUAAAGUUCAUAAAUCAUUAUGGUUGCUAAAAAGAUUGUGGUGAUGUUUUUAUAGGGAAAAAUAAAAUAAAUCUUUUCUGAUUCAGUUUUUUUAACUCCAUUCUUAACGAAAUAAUAUCUGAACCACCUUUCUAUCUUUCUGUGUUUCAUGGCUGAAGCUCGUUUGCUUCAGUCAGUCCUUUUAAUCUUUCUUUCUGUAGUUGUCUUUGCUGAAGAUGAAACCCAGUUUAUUUACAAUGGCUUCCGAGGAGCCAAUCUUCGUCUUGAUGGGCUUGCAAACAUCCAACCAAAUGGCCUUUUGGUGUUAACCAACACUUCAAAGCAACUAAGUGGUCAUGUUUUCUACCCACGACCUCUCAAACUCAAUGCAACACGGUCCUUCUCCACGAGUUUUGUGUUUGCCAUGUAUCCUGAUGUGGAAGCUCAUGGUGGCCAUGGAAUUGCCUUUGUUAUCUCCUCAUCCACAAACUUUGAUCGCGCUGUUCCAGCUGAGUAUCUAGGACUUUUUAAUCUUUCCAACAACGGCCUUGCAUCUAAUCAUGUGUUUGCUGUUGAGUUUGAUACUAUUCAAAAUGCUGUUUUUGGGGAUAUUGAUGGCAACCAUGUUGGGAUUGAUAUUAAUGGCCUAACAUCUAAUGAUUCUGCUUCAGCUGCGUACUAUGAUGCUGAAGGGCAGACGAACAGGAGCCUUAAUCUCACUAGUCGUCAAGCUAUGCAAGUUUGGAUAGACUAUGAUGGAGAUGAGAGGCUAAUGAAUAUAUCAUUAGCUCCACUUGGACUUCUAAAACCCGAAAGACCUCUGUUAUCAACUCAUCUGAAUCUUUCUUCGGUAUUUCUUGAUUCCAUGUAUGUUGGGUUCUCUGCAGCUACUGGUCUUACUGCAAAUGAGCAUUACUUGUUAGGUUGGAGCUGGAGUCAAAUCGGGGAAGCCCAAGGUUUUAAUUUUACCGAGCUUCCUCCACUUCCUAGGUUCACAAGUCAAAGGAGAAGCCUGGAACCAGUUUUUAUUGGCCUUCUUGCUGUUUUCGUACUAUUGUUGGUUAUCAUCGCCGGAGUUAUAUAUGCAUUACGGAGAAAAAUGUUUGAAGAGGUUAAGGAACCAUGGGAACAAGAAUAUGCAUCUCAUAGAUUCUCAUUCAAAGAUCUCUAUGUAGCAACUAAAGGGUUCAGAGACUCUGAACUUCUUGGUUCUGGAGGGUUCGGGAAGGUUUAUAAAGGUGUGCUACCUUCUACUAACACCGAAGUUGCGAUAAAGAGAGUUUCUCAUGAUUCAAGGCAAGGAAUGAGGGAAUUUGUAUCUGAAAUUGUCAGCAUGAGAAGGCUAAGACACAGAAACUUGAUCCAACUCUUAGGCUAUUGUCGAAGAAAAGGAGAGCUUCUUCUGGUCUAUGAUUAUAUGUCAAAUGGAAGCCUUGACAAGAUCCUCUUUGAGAAAAAGGAAUCUAAAUCAAACCUUUCUUGGUCUCAGAGAAUGAAUAUCAUCAAGGGUGUGGCAUCUGCCUUGCUAUACCUUCAUGAAGAGUGGGAACAAGUUGUGCUUCAUCGUGAUGUGAAGGCCAGUAAUGUUCUAUUGGAUGCUGAUAUGAAUGCUAGAUUAGGUGAUUUUGGGUUAGCUAGGCUUUAUGAUCAUGGAAGUAAUAGUCGAAGCACAAAUAUAGUUGGAACAGUGGGGUAUCUUGCACCAGAACUCAGUAUAACAGGGAAGCCUACUCCUGCAACUGAUGUGUUUGCCUUUGGUAUUUUCUUACUCGAGGUGGCUUGUGGAGUACAGCCUUUCCGCUUGCUGAAUUUUGCUGGUGAAGAUCUUGUUUUGGUUGAUUGGGUUUUCGAAUGCUGGAAUAAGGGAGCUAUUCUUGAAACGAGUGAUCCUAAGCUGGAAGGAUAUUAUGUCAGUAAAGAAAUGGAGCUUGUUCUAAAGCUAGGCUUACAUUGCUCACAUUCAAAACCAGAAGCAAGGCCUAGUAUGAGACAGGCAGUUCAGUUUCUUCACGGGGAUGCUGUCCUACCAGAUGUACCGUCUGAUUAUGAUCUUGAAAGGAACGGUUUGCUUGAUAAAUAUUGGGGAACAUCUGGUUCGUUUCCAUCCUCAUUUCAGGUGUCAGCUAACUCCUUAUUUUCUGAUAAUUCAGUCGCUCGUCAUGGCCGCUGAGUGUGCAGUAUCCUGAUUUGAAUGUAAUUACAGGAAUAGAUCAGCUAAUCUCAUAGCUCCAGUAUAUUACUAUGUGAAAAUGACUGUUCUUUGAAAUCCUUUAGGAAGCAGCUAGUUGUUGCAUCUUGUAUACACGUCUUAGUUUUCUUUAUUUUCAGUAAAUAUACUCCGUGUGUUUUUGAGUCUGAAAUCUAAAUCCUUGAGUAAAGAGCUGCUCUCAGGAUUUUGCA